AGUCCUGGCAUUUAUCUCCGCAAAGUCUCCGCGAGAAAGCUUCAUUCGGGAAGAAGCUACAGAUUGAUAGAGACGUGGUGUUGUACAGAGCAUAUAUAGCGCGCGGAAUCAUUUGCAAAAGCACAUCGCGUAAAAUUCAUAAAAUAUAAGACAAAGUGUCAGGGAGGAUUUUGAGAAAAGUGCUGGCGAAAUUGGAGGUGUUGCGUUUGAGGAAUACCUGAGGACGAAGUUGCUGUGAGAGUUCUUUUGCCGUCACACCACCCCCACGCAUCGCAAGCCACCUGUUGGAAGGUGAAAGCGUAUAAAAGAAAGCGCGUACUGUGAAAGUCUUUCAUUCACUCAUCAGACUCACAUCGGUGCAAGUCGUGAAGACCCCACGCAAGGAUAUCGUAAAAGCAACAACAAAAAUUAAUAUUUUCCCAGUGAAAUCCCCAUAAUUUGUGGCGAAAGGUGUUCUGCAAGUGGGAAUAAAAUUCCUCCCGCGUGUGUUGUUGUUCAAUAUAAAAAAAGACCUUUUGGGGGUGAUUUUGUGGGACUCUGCAGCGCAUCAAAUGAAAAUGAGAAAUUCCGUUCAAUCCUUCAUCUUUGUGGGACUCCUGCUAGUCGGCGUGUCCGCAUUGACUCCUCGAGAACAGCACAACCUCUUAACGCUCUUCCGAAGAAUGGAGCAACAUCCGGAAUUCUAUGAACUCGAUCCUUACUACUACGACGACAACUACAGUGAAAUGAAAGAUCUAGAAGCGAAUGACAAUUUCCUGAGAAAUUGGCCCUGGCUGAGGGAAUUGCUUCCAAACUCCAAUGAAGUUGAUUUGCCCCGAGGGGCCGGACCCAGAAAGCAUGACAUCACCGCUAAAUCUAUCGCGGGGUCAUCUGAAGUGUCAGAAAGAAAUCCCACUGAAAAUCUUCCAACGCCACUACCGUAUGUUGGGAGUUACGGUACACGUGGGAAUAUGCAGAAAAAGGACGCCCACACAAGCAACUAUAUGUCCCUAUGUCACUUCAAGAUUUGCAAUAUGGGCCGAAAGAGAAACACCCGAUACUUCCACUUGUAAAUCCGUUAAAGACUUUUCAAAAAAAAAAAGGACGCCAAAUCCUCUUAACCAAACUAUCCCCCAGGAUAACUUCUUUUUAAUCUAAAUUAGAUGUGGCUGUAGCGUUGUGUAAUAAAGCAGAUGGGAGAGUGCCAAUGAAAAGUAUUGCGUGUGAAGAAACUCAUGCCAAAAAGAAAUCAUAAAUAUUAUUAAUCCAGAUUAUUUCUUCAUAUUGAUGAUUAUAAACAUGACUGUAUUAUAGACCUAGUUGUUGUGAAUUCAAUGCUCAAAUCAACAAUGUUAUUAAUGUAAAGAUAUUUUACUUAUGUUAAAUACAUCGUAUAUAUACAUGGGACGGAGAUCCCUUCAAAUGCUGCAGAA